AUGGCUCAACUCGAACGCCCUCAGAGACCUGGUGUUGAAACUUCAAAAACUCCCACCAUCCAUACCAUGGAACAACUCCUCCGAGGAGAAGGGUCUAAAGUGUCACCAAAAGGUUCUAAGCUAUCGCCAACAGGUUCUAAGAUGUCAACCAACACUGCCACCUUGUCCUCCUCCUCCACCUCCUCCACUUCUUCUAAUUCAUCACCUUUUUUCAAUAAGUUGAGGCACCAUGACUCGGAAGAAGACCAUAGCCCGAACCAGAAGAAAUCAGUCCUUGCCAAAGUGAAGGAGAAGGCUAAGAAAUUGCGUCACAGCCUCAGCAAGAAAAAGCACGACGAUGGAAACCAAACUCCCUCACCCGGCUCUGGCUUGGAAGACGAAGGAACACACGACGAAGCUGAAUACCAUGGAGCUCCAAGUAAUCAAGACCUUAACUUUCAAUUUUCUGAAAAGGUUUCUCUUAACUUUGAUCUUAUGUUGCUGUGUAAAAUUAUUAUUUCAGUGUAUGAAUCUGAGAAGGCACAUCAACCAAAAUCAGGUCUAGGAAUGCAAGAAAAAUGUUUAACUCGGUCAUUCUCCAAGAGAACAACUCAUCCAGCAACUGUGGCUAAUGCUGCAGCUGGAGCUGCUACUAGCACCAAUACUAUUGAUGCCGGUUCGAACAGGGUAGCGACGACUAGAACCUUAGCUCAUGAACUGAACAAAGGAUCACAUUCUAUGACUUCCAAGUUUCAAGGCCUCACUAUUUACAAACCUGAUGAGCUUCACACUUCAACAUCACCAAAGGAUGGAACUCAAAGUAGUUUUUUUGUUUCUGCUCCAAGUACUCCUCCAAAGACAUCUUCCCAAACUUCUCCAAGCGCAGCACGAAUUUGGUCAGCUCCGGUGACCCCAAAAACUUUAGCUCCAGCGUCACCACAGACUCCUUCAUGUUCAUCUGCUCCAACCACUGGCAGGUAUGCCAGCCCUGGCUCGCAGAUAUGGGAUAAGGGUGUUUCGGUGAAAGAGUACUUGAUGAACAAGCUUGAGCCGGGAGAAGAUGAAAAAGCUUUGUCUCAGGUGAUAUCUGAGGCCAUGAGUCCAAAGAGAACUCCUGGUGAUGCAGGUGUGAUGGAGAAGGUGAGAGAAGCUGUAACUUCUUUGCUCCGAACUGAGGAACCAAAACAAGAAGACACAACAACCACUAUCACGACCACUGACACCAACAUUGCAAGCACAUCCUAUCAAAACCCAGUAUCUAUCAGUGCUGCUCGCAGUUCAUCUCAAAUCCCAGUAUCUACCAAUGCUCUAGAAGUGGUUCAGGAAGAAAACCAUGAAAGAAUUCUUCAGGCAAAUUGA